AUUCUUUGGCAGGCAGGAUUUCGCUUCCGACGCCUGCCGCGUUCGGAUGUGCUUGUGCAUAUAGCGCACACUGCAACCAUCAUUGCCGCCCUCGUCACCAUAGCAGUCGUCAGUCAGUUAGUAGUGUGGUAUAAAAGUGACAGUUUUGAGCCCACCAGAGCUCAUAAGUUGACUCAGGCCAUUCCGUUGUGGGCCAUUCAACUGGUGAUGGUUGGUUGCCGGAUGUUUUAGAUCCAGUAGUGGUUCGGUUACUAUCCUCCGGAAGAGUUGCUAAUUGAGUUAGUGGAUUGAGUGUAAUUAAUUGUGGCGGAUUAGAAGACACUGACCGUUGGUUGGGCGACCUAGUUUGAACGUGAAAAAAAAUUUAGUGAAACUAUUCUCAGAACAAUCGCAGAAGAUGGCGAUUUACCGCAGAGAAAGCCAAGGAAUGGCUCUAACCUUUCUGAUUAUGGGAACCAUCGGUUACAUGGUCAAUACAGUAUUCGGAGCAAUGUUCACAAGCGGGAACGAAUCGACAACGGUGGGACUUCUGUACCCAUUCGAAUCCGAGACUCGGGAGGUCAAAAAGCUAGACGGUAUGUGGAACUUUGUCCUUACGGAUACCGCUGAUCCGGGUAAGGGUUUGCGGGAAAAAUGGUACAGCGACGAUCUGAGCAAAUUUCGGACAACCAUCGUCAUGCCGGUGCCGAGCAGCUACAACGAUGUAACGGAAGAUGCUGGUCUGCGAGAUCACGUCGGAACGGUGUGGUACGAUCGGCGUUUUUUCGUCCCGAAAGCCUGGGGUACCCAGCGGGUAUUCGUGCGGUUUGGAUCCGUGCAUUACGAUGCAAUUGUGUGGAUCAACGGCCAACAGGUUGUCAAACACGAGUUCGGACAUUUGCCGUUCGAGGCAGACAUUAGCAGAGUGCUGAAUUACGGUGCGGAAAAUCGCAUCACGGUACUAUGUGAUAACGUUCUUCUUCAGACAACCGUGCCGCAGGGGAAAAUUGCCUCCCAAGCUGCCGACGGUGGUUCUGAAGUGGUUCAAUCAUAUACAUUCGACUUUUUUAAUUAUGCCGGCAUUCACCGGUCCGUUGCGUUGUAUACGGUGCCGCGUGUAUUCAUCCGUGAAGUUGUGGUUAACACCGAUCUGGUGGGCGACGAAGGUCAAAUCUACUACUCAGUGGAUAGCAGUGUGAAUGCGACCAAUGAUCUUCAAGCGACGGUUAAAAUAAUUGAUAAGAACGGUACGGUAGUGGGGGUUGAUACCGCAACAGGGGCUGUGUUGAAGGGAAUGGUCACAGUGAAAAACGUUAAGCCCUGGUGGCCUUAUUUGAUGCAUGAGGAUCCGGGCUACAUGUACAUGAUGGAAGUGACGCUGGAGGGAAAGUCAAAUGAAGCUUCCGAGCCGGUUGGUGAUAUUCACGAUAUUUAUCGGCUAAAAGUUGGUGUGAGAACUCUGGAGUGGAAUAAUUCCUCUUUGUUGAUUAAUGGACAGCCAAUUUAUUUCCGAGGGUUCGGAAGGCAUGAAGAUUCUGAUAUUCGGGGCAAAGGACUUGAUUACGCAUUGUUGACGAAAGAUUUCAAUCUCUUGAAAUGGGUUGGAGCUAACGCCUAUCGAACCUCACAUUAUCCGUACUCGGAAGAGAGUAUGCAGUUUGCGGAUGAGCACGGAAUCAUGAUAAUCGACGAGUGUCCAAGCGUGGACACAGAGGCUUAUUCACAAAUUCUGCUGGAGAAGCAUAAAUUCAGCGUGGAGCAGUUAGUGCAUCGAGACCGCAACCAUCCGAGUGUCAUUAUGUGGUCCAUAGCCAAUGAACCUCGCACCAGUCAACUAGCAGCUGAUGCAUACUUUGAAGCCGUUGCAAAAUACACCCGCGAGCUAGAUCCCUCCCGGCCUGUUACUGCUGCCAUUGCCGUUGGCGUUGACGAUGAUAGAGCUGCCAAACAUUUGGAUAUCGUUAGCUUCAACCGCUACAAUGGCUGGUAUCAAAAUGCCGGAAAAUUAAACAUGAUUACCAGCCGGGUCAUGGAUGAAGCCCGUGCGUGGCAUACUAAGCACAACAAGCCGGUGCUGAUGUCCGAGUACGGGGCCGAUACAAUGGAAGGACUACAUCUGUUGCCGGCCUACAUCUGGUCUGAAGAUUACCAGUCGCAGGUUUUCAGCCGACACUUCCGCGCCUUCGAUCAGCUUCGGCAAGAGAAAUUCUUCAUCGGAGAAUUCGUGUGGAACUUUGCCGACUUUAAAACGGCUCAGACGUACACUCGGGUGGGAGGCAACAAAAAGGGUAUUUUCACGCGCAAUCGACAACCGAAAGCGGCCGCCUACCUGUUGCGGCAGCGGUACCACGCUCUGGCAAAGGAGCAACAGCACAGCAUAGCGCUGCCUACUGAUCUCUUCCUGUACACCGCCGGAGGCAGUGAAAGUGCGGUAUGCGAGAAGUGUGAGCUGUAGAUGGAAGCAGGAUUUUUUCGGGUAGACCACUUAUUCGUCAAUGGAGUGAUUAAAUAGAACAACAAAUCUUGCUUAGCUAAUUUUGAGCUGGGGUGUAAAAAUUACAUUUUCUACAAUUUUUGGAGAUGCAUUUCAUAUUAAAACGAAACAAACUACGGUCACAAGUAUUC